AUGAGAGAGACUUCGAAGAACGGUGCCUGUGUGCAGACCGAUGAUGGGCUGAAUCAGUACCAUGUCCCAGCCAGAUAUCUGGGUAAUGGCGCCGAUAAGCGUGAUAUGAGUGCUCUAGGAAGAGAUCAGGUGCUACGGAGAAACUUCGGAUUCAUCUCUAUUUUGGGAUUUGGUUGCACUCUUAUUGCGACAUGGGAGGUUGUUCUUACUCUUCUCACAUAUGGUCUUACUGAUGGAGGCACUGCUGGGUUAAUUUGGGGUUAUGUCAUUGUAUGUGUUGGUUUCUUACUUGUUUUUGCAAGUUUGGCGGAGAUGGCGUCAAUGGCUCCAACUUCAGGAGGACAGUACCAUUGGGUAUCUGAAUUCGCACCAAAGAGCUGUCAAAAAUUCCUUAGUUAUGUCACGGGAUGGCUUUGUGCAACCGGCUGGCAAUGUGCCAUUGUCUCAAUUGCAUUUCUAGCGGGCACCAUUAUCCAAGGCUUGAUUGUCCUUAACGACGAAACCUACGUAUUCCAGCGCUGGCACGGUACUCUUCUAGUCAUUGCUAUCACUGCGUUCUCCAUCUUCUUUAACACAUUCUUGGCCAAAAGGCUACCGAUGGUGGAGGCCCUGAUUUUGAUCCUGCAUAUCGUCGGCCUCUUUGCCAUCAUCAUCCCUCUCUGGGUCAUGGCUCCGCGGGCAUCGGCCAAGUCCGUCUUUACGCAGUUCGACAACAAUGGAGGUUGGAGCAGUCUUGGUACCUCGACCUUGGUCGGAUUUUCCGGAACAAUCACCUCCAUGAUUGGUUAUGAUUGCGCUGCGCAUAUGUCCGAAGAAAUCAGGAAUGCCGGCGAAACCCUUCCCAAGGCCAUGAUGAGCGCAGUUGUGGUUAAUGCCGUGCUUGGUUUUGUGAUGCUGGUUACAAUAUGUUUCACACUGGGCGACGUUGACAGUAUCUUAGCCUCUCCUACUGGAUACCCAUUUAUUCAGGUGUUUUUCAACAGCACGGGCAGCUACGCUGGAACCAAUGUCAUGACUGCGAUAUUGAUUCUGACAUUAACCGCUAGUACAAUUACCGAAGUAGCCACUGCCUCUCGCCAGCUAUGGUCCUUUGCUCGUGAUAACGGUGUACCAUUCGGUGAAUUUUUCAGCCAUGUCAAUCCAGGGUGGAACAUUCCCUUGAACUCGGUCCUCGUCUCCCUCGCAAUCACUGCCCUACUCUCUCUAAUCAAUAUUGGCUCAACGGCUGCAUUGACCGCCAUCGUGUCGUUGACUAUUACAUCUUUGAUGUCUUCCUAUAUCAUCUCUAUUAGCUGCCUUCUUCUGAAGCGCAUCCGUGGCGAACCACUGCCCGAACAUCGUUGGUCAUUAGGUAAAUGGGGUAUGGCUAUCAACAUCGCUGCUCUUGCGUACUUGUGCCCGGUGUUCGUAUUUGCGUUCUUCCCACUUACGAGCACGGUCACUGUUUCCACCAUGAACUGGAGUGUUGUCAUGUAUUUGGGCGUCAUCUUCUUUGCCACUGCUUAUUACUGGCUAGGAGGCAGACACAAAUUCGUGGCUCCGGUUGCCUUGGUGAAGAGAGAAUAUUGA